AAGCCCAGAAUUUGAUUUAGUUAUUUCCUUUCCAUUUUUCUUGAUAGAAUCAAGAAACCUUGGUGACAUCAACGGUUCCGUGGUGAAUGAAACCGAGCAUUUAUGGAGUCCUGACAAAGCUAGUCAUUCUCUUUGUCCCAGCAGUGAAUACAUGAGAAGUUCAGGGGUAAAUAAACUCGGGCAAUAUCCUUCUGCAAAAAAGCACAUGACGAUUGGUUUAACGACAAUAACCAGACCUAAUGGAGUAAACUAUCUUUCCGAAACGAUCCAAAGUUUAUUGGACAACAUGAAUGACGAAAACAGAAAGGAGACAUAUAUAGUUGUAUUUCUCGCAGACUUUGAUAAAGGAGCGAAGCAGGUUACCAUAACCAACCUUUCAAAGCUCUUUCACAAAGAAGUGGAAGACGAUAUUUUGCAUGUAAUCGAAACAUCGCCAAAAUAUUACCCCCAGCUUACGAACCUAAAGAAGAAAUUUGGAGAUUCAAAGACCAGAAUCUACUGGCGUUCAAAACAAAACAUAGAUUUCGCAUUUCUUAUGUGUUAUUGCCACGAACUUUCUAACUUCUACCUUCACGUCGAAGAUGACGUCAAAGCAUCCCCGAGUGUAUUUCAUAAGCUGCAAGGAUUUAUUUCAUCUCAAAAAAAGGCUUGGCCAAUACUUGACAUCUCUUUCAUGGGUCAUACUGCAAAAGUUUAUCACUCAGAGGAUCUCAGGAGUAUAGCGUCUUAUUUCUAUCUUUUGUACGCUGAAAUGCCAGGCGAUUGGCUAAUAAGACAUUGGCGUAUAGUUAAAGUUCCUGACAAUGGACAAUUGAUUUUACCAGUGGCUUCUUUUUUUCAACACCAUGGUGUAAAGUCAUCUCUAAAAGAAAAGAGUUGGCCGGUUAACGCUACUUAUGAUAGAUAUUUUGAUGUACACGAUCAUAAAUAUUGGGGAAGAAACCCCUCUGCAAAAGUUUCCUCGUCGAUAAAACCCAAUCAAGGGAAACCUCAAGAUGCUUACGAAGGUGGCUCUGGAUACUUUUGGGGAAGAAACAUUAAGCGCGAUGACCAGGUGACUGUACAGUUCAAUUCUGUCGUUAAUGCAAGGAAAGUGUUUGUAGAUACUGGCUCAAAUCUAGCUAUGAACGAUUUUCUGAGGUUUGGUGUCUUACAAGCAAGCUUCAGUGUCUCUGGUACAAGCUCGUCGUCAUGUGGAAAGUUUGACACAGUUGUCUCAUUUAGAGAUGGCAGAGCUCAAGCUACUUUCAACAAAAAGAUUGAUUGUUUACGAAUUUUGGUUACCAAUGAUCAAAAUGAGUGGCUGUUUCUGAGGGAAAUAGACGUUUGGGAAGCGAAAUGAUAAGCAAAUAUACAAUUUGAAAAGUUAGAAAUGGAGCGUAGCUAAAGACCAAGCAACCACUCCUCACGUGAUCGAUGAUGUGAGGAGUGGUCGCUUAGUCUCCCAAAUUCGAGGCUUGUCGACGGAAGGCAACUUUGACGAAAAUGGAUGUUUAAUCGACUUUUGUGUCUUAGGAAGUUUUUCGAAGAACCACUCAGAAAGUAAUAGAAAUGCUACGUACGUCUUCAUUAAUGAGUAAGACUUCAAAGAUGAUCGAAUUCAUACAAGGUUGUAACCUUGUAAAAGUUAGGAAAUGGAGCGUGUAAGGUAGAGCGUUAGGUUGUAACUUUUUUGGAUUUUUAAAGAAAUAUUUUACGAAGGCAGACUUAUUUCAGAUUAAAGACAGGUUUUCUAUGGCCGUGUAAGGCCGAUUUAAAAUUACGAGCGCCAUUUCCUUUAAAAUGUUCGGAUCACUCGCAGUAUCUAAGCAAUUGCGCAUGCACCCCUCCCCUGACAUUUAUCCCACCAGUUUUCAGUUGACUGUGGUUGUACGACAUCUUCAGUAAACUAUGAUGGCUACGGGUUAUCAGAGAUCUAGCCCCUAUUUC